AUGGCAUCACCAAACGAUCAAGAUGUGCAAUUGACGUUCUUGACCACAGGAACCGUCCGCAUUAGACCGUCAAUGAAAUCCCAGCCGGCCAAUCAACCGGCUAUAUUCCGUCGCCUUCGUUCUCUUUGUGACAGAAAAUGGACAGAACCUCUACCCGUUGGCGUAUUUCUCCUCCGUCACCCUGAAGGCAAUUUCCUCUUUGACACAGGCCAAUCUCCCUGCUGCAAUAAUGCAGGCUACUUCCCACGCCUCGCCUUUUUCAAUGGGCUAUUGAGCGAAUUCACUCUGCAACACAAAGAUGGAAUUGUUGAACAACUCCGUGGCCUUGGCGUCGAGCCUACCGACCUCAAAGGGAUUAUUCUCAGCCAUCUACAUAAUGACCAUGCUGGAGGACUGGAGGAUUUACUGAAUAAAUCCCCAGAUCUACCUGUUUAUAUCAGUCGAGAGCACUGGAAAGCCUUUGGAGAACACCCUCUUUUCGCAAGCAUGGAAGGUGCAACUCCAAAUCACUGGCCCAAGGGGUUCGCACCUAGGAUUGUCGACCUUGAAGACAAGCCACUUGGACCUUGGAAAAAGUCAUUUCCCGUGACUGAUGAUGGGAGAAUUGUUAUCGUGGAUACUUCUGGUCACGUCCCUGGCCAUGUAGGCUUGGUGAUCUACAGCCGUGGAAACAAUAAUGGAAAACAGACCACAUAUUUCCUUCCCGGCGACGCAACAUAUGGCUUGGGUUGUUUGGAUAAGGAAGAGCCGGAUGGUAUUAAUGAUGAUCCCAUGCGAGCGUUGGGCACCCUGAAAACAAUCAAGCAAUUUGCUAGAGAAACUGAAGUCGUCAUAUUGCCCAGCCACGACCCUUCCACUCCCCGAUUGCUUGCCGAUCAAGUGGUUUACCGGCCGAGCGACCUUUGA